AUUAAUGGCAAAGAAAUCAGAACCCGAAUCAAAACAUUUAAAAACCCAUGCCUACCCAUUGACUAUUUUUUUUGUUUUUUUACUCAUACAAAUUUAUUUUUCAACAAAAUACCUAUCUAUUGUUUGUUUAUUAGUUUCCCCAUUACUCAUAUUUUUCGAUAACCAGACCGUGAAACAGUGAUGGGUUUUCUUUCAAAAUCUGCAAUUUUUUGGUCUUCCACUUUGUUUUUGCUUUUGGGGUUGUUCAUUGAGAUUGGAGCUUCUCAAACACAGUGCGUCAAAUCAAGAUGUGGGAAUGGCCCGGCGAUUCGAUUCCCCUUCAGACUCAAAGAUGGUCAACCGAAUCACUGUGGCUACCCUGGCUUUGAGCUAUCUUGCAGAGGGAAGCGUACGGUUCUAGAGCUACCAAAAUCAGUAAAAUUGUUUGUGCAAAGCAUAGAUUACAAAUCUCAGGUGAUAAAAUUAUAUGACCCGAAUAAUUGCCUUUUUGGAGAGCUUUUAAAGAUCAAUGGCUUAUCAGUUUCUCCCUUAGGUUUCAGCAAAAACGAACUUCGUAACUAUACAUUGUUUAACUGCUCUGUUUUGGAAAGAAAAGCUCUAUACGGCUAUGGCGUGGACUUCCCCUGCCUCAGUGGCACUGGCAGUUACCAAGUUGUUGCUGUUGAUUCUUCGGUCGCCAUUGAAGAUGUGCCAUUGGCAUCUUGUAAGAAGAUGUAUAAUAUCAUGUCCGUUCCUCAUGUAAUUUUCGCUGUUGACAGAAAGUAUCUUUAUAUGAAUUGGGUUAAACCCAAUUGUUCUCGUUGUGGAGUAAUGGGAUACGGAUGUCGAUUAAAGAACAAUGACACCAAAAGUGAAACAGAGUGUUAUGCAUAUCCAAAACCAAGUCAAACCAAGAAAUUUGUGACUAUUGGUGUAACAAUUGGCGCAGCUGUUCUCACACUGCUACUUGUUGUGGCUUAUCGGGCUUACAGCUCUAAUAAGCAUGAGAAAGAAAAUCAGCGGAGAAUAGAGAGAUUUUUGGAGGAUUACAAGGCUAUGAAGCCAAGCAGAUAUUCUUAUGCUGACAUUAAGCAUAUUACCGGUCAAUUUGAGGAAAAAUUGGGUGAAGGAGCGUAUGGAACAGUAUUUAAAGGAAAGCUCUCAGCAGAAUUCUUUGUUGCUGUGAAAAUCCUCAACAGUUCAAAAGGAAACGGAGACGAGUUUAUAAAUGAAGUUAGUACUAUCGGUCGAAUUCACCAUAUCAAUGUGGUUCGCUUGGUUGGUUAUUGUGCUGAUGGAUUUAGACGAGCUCUUGUUUAUGAGUUUUUACCAAAUGGUUCACUGCAACAAUACAUAUCUUCUCCAGACUCUGAUCAUUUCCUGGGUUGGGAGAAACUUAAAGAUAUUACUUUAGGCAUAGCCAAAGGUAUUGAAUACCUUCACCAAGGGUGUGAUCAACGAAUCCUUCAUUUUGAUAUCAAACCUCAUAAUAUCUUGCUAGACCACAACUUUAUUCCAAAAAUUUCUGAUUUCGGUUUGGCUAAACUGUGCUCAAAGGAUCAAAGUAUGGUGUCAAUGUCUACAGCUCGAGGGACCAUGGGAUACAUUGCACCUGAAAUUUUUUCUAGAAACUUUGGAAAUGUGUCGUACAAAUCAGAUAUUUACAGUUUUGGAAUGGUGCUGCUCGAAAUGGUUGGUGGGAAGAAGAUUACAGAUGUGAAAGAAGACAACACUAGUCAAGUUUAUUAUCCAGAAUGGAUCUAUAAUCUCCUAGAGGAAGGAGAAGACUUACGAAUCCAUAUUGAAAAAGAAGAAGAUGCUAAGAUUGCAAAGAAACUAGCAAUUGUGGGACUAUGGUGCAUUCAGUGGCACCCUACAGAUCGCCCUUCCAUGAAGGUUGUGGUACAAAUGCUUGAAGGAGGAGAAAAGUUAAUAUUACCUCCUAAUCCUUUUGGCUCUACAGGCCAAACAAAAACAAUUGCUGAUAUGCCUAGAAGACGUAAGAAUCCAGAGCUAGAAGCUAUAGCUGAGUUAGAAUGAGUAUAGCUAAAUUUCUCUAAAGCGUCUCCUGGUUUUUGUAAAGAUAUCCAUACAAAACACUUUGUAUUUAAUUUCACGUGUCCUCUGUUGCAAAUAUGGUUAGAAAAGUUUACUUUGCGACAAGGCAGUCAAUGGCAUCGUGUUGUUCUCCAAUGGACAUAUCUUGUUAAUUCAAAA